CCUAGGUGAACACAGCAUCAGUCAUCACAUCACUGGGAUAACUACAGCUUAUUGUUUGGUGUUGAUAUUGCACUGGAGUAAUUCAUUACCAAACGCCUAUUAAGCCGAUUUUACGGAUUCUUUGUAGGCUAGCCUACCUUUAGCUUCUUUGAAAAAAAAAAAUCAUCGUGGAAAAUGACUGAAACGGAGGGAGAAAAUACCAAACACAGAAAUGGAGAUGCGGCUACGGAUUCAUGGCCAAGGGAUGAUGUGUUCGACGACACUUAUAAAGAAAAAGAUGGUCCAAAGCCUCCAAGGACAAUCGUGUGGAAAAACGUCAUUUUGAUGUCUUUAUUGCAUAUAGGCUCUCUUUAUGCGUUGUUACUCAUUCCAUCCGCUGCUUCUAUGACCUUGGCGUGGUCUGUUUUGUGCUUUUUGGUAAGUGCUUUGGGAGUAACUGCAGGAGCACAUAGACUCUGGAGUCAUCGGUCCUACAAAGCCUCAUUACCUCUGAAGAUAUUUCUUGCCACUGCGAACUCUAUGGCCUUCCAGAAUGAUAUUUUUGAGUGGGCCCGGGAUCACAGAGUCCACCAUAAAUACUCAGAGACGGACGCCGACCCCCAUAAUGCCCUGCGGGGAUUCUUCUUCGCCCACAUUGGCUGGCUCCUGGUGCGAAAGCACCCUGACGUCAUCGAGAAGGGACGCAAGCUGGAGCUCAGCGACCUAAAGGCUGACAAAGUGGUCAUGUUUCAGAGGAAGUACUACAAGCUCUCAGUACUCCUGAUGUGCUUCUUUGUGCCAAUGUUCGUGCCUUGGUACUUUUGGGGCGAGACUUUGUGGAUUGCCUACUUCGUCCCCGCGCUGUUGAGGUACACCAUGGUGCUCAACGCCACCUGGCUGGUCAACAGUGCUGCUCAUAUGUGGGGGAACCGGCCCUAUGACUCCAAAAUCAACCCCAGAGAGAACCGAUGGGUCACCUUCAGCGCAAUAGGUGAAGGAUUCCACAACUAUCAUCACACUUUUCCUUAUGACUAUGCAACAAGCGAGUUCGGCUGCAGGUUAAACCUCACAACCUGUUUCAUUGACUCGAUGUGUUUCCUGGGCCUGGCAAAAGACUGCAAGCGAGUUGCCCGUGAGCUGGUCGAAGCACGUGCCAAACGUACUGGUGAUGGAAGCGUUCGGAGUGGCUGAAAGGCUAAAUGCAUCCGGUCCAGGGCCUACCACUGGGGCUUGGCUAACAAAGCUAGGUUGCUCAAACUUCAGAUACAUCUACAGACAAAGGCCAUCAGAGUAUAAGGUGCAUAUCUUUAUACAUUGUAGUCACACCUCGAAAAAACCUGUGAACCGGAGGUGAAGUCAGUUGUGCCCAUAGCUUUAAUUUUUUUUCCCCCUGUUGGAAUUAUGAGAAGUAGGCUAAUGUUAUUUGGUAUUAUAAUAUUUUUUUUUGGUCAUUCACUUUCACAUUCAUAAACUAUAUUAAUCAAAUUAUACAUGAGGUUUUUUUUUUUUUUUUUUUGUGCACUGAAAAACUGCCUUUUGGUCACUUCAUUGCUGCAUUUCAUAGUGUUUACAGUAGGGAUGGAGCAGCUUGCUGAUAGGACGGUAAACCUGAUAAGGAACUCUGUAAUAUUGUAUGCUGCGCCAGUAUAUGAUCACAACAAAACAAACCUGCAAAUCUGCAGACAUCUGGAGGAAAAUUAAUUUGUCAUGUUUGUGUGCUGUUACACAGGCAAACCGUAAACCAUGUAACAGCCUGUGUUAUUGGACAGGUUCAUAGUAACCCCUAGUUUACAAGACACAAGGUCGUUUUGGUGCUCACAUCUUAAAAAUGGGAUCUGGCUACAUUUUCCAAAAUGAAUGGUUUGAAUUCAGUCGUUACACAGCUGAAUGAUUCCAAGGAUACGCCAGUCAGAUUUCACUCUCCAUAAAAAUCAUAAUUUAUCCAUUUAUUACUAUAUUCUGCAUUCCUGCAAUGUGAUAAGUGUGUUUUGUCAUUUGCAGAAAUGCAUUUAGAAUACAAGAAUGUGGUGUAAGCCCAUUGUCAUGAAUGAUUCAAUGGAAAGAGGACAAUAGGAAGUCCCUCGAAAACAGCUUGCUGCUCAAGACAAUUUUUACUAAACGUUAGACAUGUUGAAAGUGUAACUCUUGGAUUCAAACACUGCCAUUGAGUAGAUGGCUAUUCUAUGUCAUUUGCCACUGUCAGCUGAGGACCUUAAAACCUUCAAGGUGCUCAUGACCGUUCCUGUCAUACGCCACUGUCCCGUUUUCUAUUUCAGGCCACAUGAAGAGUCACGUUAUUUGGCUAAAAUUUGGUUAGAACUGAUGUUUUCAACUUGAUUUUAAGAUGCAAUGGCAAGAAUUCCUAACAUUUGCCCCCUCCCCCUUUCUUUUUUGUGUUAUACAUAUUUAUCAGCUUCUUUGCAGUAUGGCUAAUUGUACAUCAAAUUUGGUCAAAGCAUGGAAAUGUGUUGGCAAGAUCUUUUCCAUCUUCAGUGAAUAUGCUAGUGCUAUCAUCUGUGUAAGUCCAGAUACAGACUGACUUGGUUUCCACAAUGCCAGAUUAGUUAGUGCUUUGGAUUGUACAGAGAAGUGGUCUCCAUUUAUUAAGUUAUCCUUCGUUUUCAGAGGUGUUUUGGUGUUGGCCUCACAAAUUAAAUGUAAUGUAGUUACCUAAGACCAUUUGUACUGCAUGCUACAAACUACUAGAAGCUUGGAGAAAAAAUUGUGAUGUUUCUUUUUCUUUCUUAUGGCAAUAUGUUUUUCCACCAUUUUUUUUUUACAUGGCCAAAGUGACUGAAAUGUCUGAAAUUUACUAUAUUUUUUGUUUGGGGUUCUCUUGUUUAUUUUUCCAGAAAUGUCUUUUUUUUCUGUAUUUGCAAUUGUUGUUUCUCGUAACUAUGAUAAGACAAAAGAGAAGGUUAAUUAGCAAAUGAGACAUUGGUGCGGAUGAACCUUUGUGCUGUUUGUAGAUGUUCUAUAUGAAUUAACUGAGUCAGGAAUCUGCCCACUGCCUUAUGCCCUGCAUCCAUUCCCUGGUCACCUCUAAUUCAUGUUGAGGAGAUGCAGAGUCAAAAGGCAACCCUUCACGUGAACCUGCGGCCCCUUGGUGAUUAUUGUAUUGGCUAUUAUUGACACAUGUAAUUCUGUAUGCCCUGUUAGAGCUGCCGGCCUUCAACACAAUCUGUGUGCUAGGAGUUCGCGAAGAGAACUAGAAACUGGGAAGCUGAUUGUACUCUGCUCUUGUAAAAAAGUGAUGGGUUCAUAUGCAGAGAGCCAAAAAAUGCCAGCCCCUCCAUGUGUCCAUUUGGAAGUUCCCUUAAUUCAGUCCAAUUUAGCCAUGCUUUGGGAGAAUAUAAGGCUAGAAUGUUCCCUCUUUACCAGUACUUGUGUACUGAAGAAAAGUCCAAAUGAAGACAUAUUUAAAAAAAAAAGUUUGAAUUCAAAUGUGUAAUUAAAUUGAUUACUGUUUCUCUAA